AUGUUGGCCUUUCGAUCACGGUCGGUGGCCGUUGUCCCACGGAGUUACUCCGUUCGUCCUCGCGUCACAAGGACCUUUCGUGGUCUGGCCACUGUUGCCGAUGGCGCUCGACCCUACGAUGUCGUCGUCAUUGGUGGUGGACAUGCCGGAUCAGAAGCCUGUGCUGCGGCAGCUCGCUCCGGCGCCCGCACGGCGCUGAUCACCCCGUCGCUCUCGAACAUCGGUGUCUGCUCGUGUAACCCGAGUUUUGGAGGCAUUGGCAAAGGUACAAUGAUCCGUGAAGUGGAUGCUAUGGACGGAGUUGCGGGGCGCAUCAUCGACAAGGCCGGUAUAAUGUUCCGGUUCCUCAACCGAUCCAAAGGACCCGCUGUCUGGGGACCGCGCGCCCAGAUCGAUCGUGACCUAUACAAAGGAUACAUGCAGGAGGAGCUGCUGCAGACGGAGGGACUGAGUAUUCUGGAAGGCAAAGUGGCGGAUAUCGUGAUUUCGACGGACGGGAUGGAAAACAGCACGGGUCCAGCCAAGGGCAAGAUCGUGGGUGUCAAACUCGAAACCGGCGAAGUCAUCCCCACUGGCCGGGUGGUUAUCACGACGGGUACUUUCCUGGGAGGUGAGAUUCAUAUCGGUCUCAAGGUUUUCCCCUCGGGUCGUAUCGGUGAAGCCGCUACUUUCGGACUGAGCAAAUCCCUCCGCGAGGCGGGCUUCCAGCUUGGUCGGCUCAAGACCGGAACACCGCCGCGACUAGACAUGAAAACGAUCGACUUCAAGCCGUUAGAGAUUCACCAAGGAGAGUCGCCUCCGCAGCCUUUCUCGUAUCUCAACAAAAGGGUGCAAGUGGACACAGAAGACCAGCUUCCGUGCUGGAUCACGCGGACAAACGAAGCUACCCAUGACAUUGUCCGGGCCAACUUGGAUAAGUCAGUACACAUUCGCGAGACGGUCAAGGGACCGAGAUACUGCCCAUCCUUGGAGUCCAAGAUUAUCCGGUUCCAUGAGAAGAAGAGUCAUUUGAUCUGGCUGGAGCCGGAAGGGUUCGCGCCUAAUGAGGUGAUCUAUCCGAAUGGAAUUUCCAUGACCAUUCCAGAGGAUGCUCAGCUUGCUAUGUUGAAGACCAUCCGUGGUCUUGAGAAUGUACACAUGCUCCAGCCAGGUUACGGCGUGGAAUACGACUACAUUGACCCUCGCAAUCUCUGGCCCACGCUCGAAACCAAGCUUAUUAGCGGUCUUUACCUUGCCGGACAAAUCAACGGCACCACUGGCUACGAAGAAGCGGCAGGACAAGGAAUAAUCGCCGGAGCCAAUGCCGGUCUGGCCGCCCAGAACAGGGUGCCGCUCACCCUCAGCCGUGCAGACGGGUUCAUCGGUAUCAUGAUCGACGACCUGAUCACCAAGGGCGUGUCUGAGCCCUACCGCAUGUUCACAACCCGCAGUGAGUACCGGAUCACGACUCGGUCCGACAACGCCGACAUGCGCCUGACGGCCAAGGCGUUCAAGGCGGGCAUCGUCUCGGACAAGCGCUGGCAGCAUUUCCGCGACAUCGCAGCGCAAAUCAAAGAGCUCACGGCUCUCCUCCACAACACGAAAAAGACCGCCCACGCGUGGAACCGCCUGGGCUUCGAGGCUCGCGUCGACUCCUCCACGCGCUCCGCCCUCGACCUUCUCCACGUCAAAGGCAUCGAACUCGACUCCCUGAUCCCCUUUAUUGACUCGCCCUCCGGAACCACCUACACUUCCUCCUCCUUCGCCCCCGAGAUCAAAACCCGCGUUGCUAUUGAAAAGCACUACGAGCACGUCGCCGCCCGGCAGGAGGCCGCCGCCCGGAAAUUCCUGCAGGAUGAGGGCCUUCUCCUUCCCGCCGAUAUGGAUUACCAACAGGUCCACGGUCUCAGCAGCGAAGAGAAGCAGGCUCUCGAGCGCGCCCGACCCGUCAGCGUCGGUAUGGCGCGGCGUAUCGAAGGUGUUACCCCGGUCGGAGCCCUGUUCCUACUUCCGUAUGCGCGGAGAGAUACCCCUAUAGACGCCGAGUCUACGGCGGAACUUGAUGCCGACACCGAGAAUUUGGAAGUCACUCCGGACACUCAACUAGGCAAUUGA